CAUAUACACGCAUUAUCAGUGCAGUGAUGUUUUUAGACAUAAUUACAAGUUUCCCGGUUUUUAUUGUUGAGCAAUUUAUAUUAAAAAUGGAUGCGCGAGAACCGAUUCCGGUUCUACUGAAACGGUUUAAUGUCCGGAUACCGAUGAUCAAUAAAAUUCCCUACAUUGGCCUCAAAUGGGCUGGAGUAAUGAUAGGUGUCCUAACAGCGAUGACCUACACCGGUCUACUAAUUUGGGCACUGUUGCCACCAACGAAAUUGGCUAUAUUACCUGCUUUGAACCUAAUUUGGAGUAUUCUCUUGAUCAUUGGAAUUGUGAUGAAAAAACCGAUGCUACUUUUACCAGCGCUGGGCUCCUCAGCUCUUGCCAUUGCUGUGGUGGCGCUAUUUGUGAUAAUCGACGGAUUUAUUUUCAUAGUUUUGGUUACGGUUGAGUGGAAGUUUUCCAACUCUGAAUAUCUUCAAGGUCUUGUAAUGAGCCAAGUGGGUGCAUUCGAUUGGAAAUGGGCCCUGUAUGACUUCUAUUUGCUACUUUGUCUUGCAGUAUUUCUUGCAUAUCUCUGGGUUGUCAUCUAUUCGUUGCUCCGGUCCAUGAGAGGAACUUCAGAGCCUAACGGUAUGGAAUUGGAUAUAAAAUUCAAAUCAGCUCCAGUGGAAAGUGUCAAUGCGUAUCCCAAAUAGUUAGAAAUGGAAGACAUGAAAAACGUCAACUGUGAUCGAAAUCGUUAAAAUUGAAAUUCAAUUGAUUAGACGCGAUGUGGAUGAAGUAGCGGUGUAAGAGGUCAAGGCUUGUGUAAAUAUAUAUUUUUUGUGUGAAUGAAACUGAAUAAAAUUGUUGAUGUUAUGCCGAUAACGAGCACGGAAUAAAAUCAGACGAUACGAUUUCCAUCA